AUGUUACGACGGUUAGCAGCUUCGUUCGAAGCAGUUGACUCUGGUGGGAGAACACCUCUUCUAACUGCAGUCUGGAAUGGUCAUCUCGAAAUGGCCGCAUACCUUCUGGAGACUGUUGGUGUCAAUCCAAAUUCGGUUGAUGAACAAGUAGGUCCAUACAUUUUUCUGUUUGAGGGAGCAUCGGCUUUAUCGGUAGCAGCGCAACAGGGGAAUCGAGAAAUGGUUGUGCUUCUACUAAGGAUGGGUGCUGAACCUUCGCUAAAGGAUUUGGAUGGGAGAACAGCGCUUGAUGUUGCCACAAUGUAUGGACAUGAAACUAUCAGGGCCGUUUUGCAGGUGAUUUCACUUUAUGAUGUCACUACUUAA